UUAAACGUCUCUUUGCAUAAGGCGCCGGAAGGACUGGCUAACAAAACACGCGUGUCGCCAGCUUAAAAACUCUGACGAAGUUCGGCUUAAAUUAUCAUGUGUUCCCCGGUUUGCCCAAACAAACUAUCUCAUAUGUGCCAUAAACGGAAAGUGGAAACAGCUCGAGUUUCGUGGUCAGACUUUGCGUUGUGCGGUUUCUGCCUCUGAAUGGACUCUGACUAAAUCCGAAAGUAUUUCCUGAGAGUUAAAGCUUCCUUCUUGAAGCUCUUUCCCUUGAACAGAAUCGAAAGUGACAAAGUUUUUCUUGGCCAAUCAGUAACCUACUUCGACACAUUUCUCGAUCGAAGUCUCUUCUACAGAGUAAUUCGAAACAUUGAUCGAGUGUCACACGUUCUAAAGUCUUCUCCGCGCAACGUAAAAUAGAAACUAUUGUUUGCGGUCGUAUUGUUGUUGAAGUUGAAGAAUGCGGGCGAAGGAAAUGAUGAAUAGAAUCCUGAUCUUGAUGGUAACACUGUUUGUAACCAUGUUCCCCAUUGUGACAGCUGACGUUUCAUGCUUCUGUAACUCCCCGUCGUGCCCGCAAGCUUUGUGUAAAUCAAGUAAGCAGUGUUUCAGCAAACUAGUGAAGGCUAAUGGGAACUUUUCUACUAGUGUUUCGUACGGCUGUAUUGAGACACUAGAUCCCAGUCUCUCGUGUUUGAACUCAUCGUUAAUGAUGUGCUGUGAUAAGGAUCUGUGUAACAUGCCAAACAUGUUAAGAGAAAUAACAAAAACUCUUCAAAACAGGGGCAACAUGGACACCAGGGAGCAUGCGUCUAGCGACGACAAAGAAGUCGCUGGGCCUGUCUCCGACAAAUGUACGGACAAAUGUACGGACAAAUGUACGGACAAAUGUACGGAAUCAACGCCUGCAAUGCAAGUGGCCAGCGUAGUCGCUCCAAGUGUGUUAAUUCUGACCGUGGUUCUCUUAUCAUUGGGGAUUUUUUAUAAAAUGGCGCGCUAUCAGAAGAUCCGCAUCAGUCAGUUAAAGAAAAGCGUUAAACACAAGGCUUCAAGAGACGGAUUAAUUAAUAAAGUACGAGAGUUAAAAGGUUGUGGUUUGUUGGUGGGGUCGAGCGUACCGGAAGUCUUUCAGACGAAAACUGUGAUCAGCAGGAGCUGUUCUGAAAAUGAUUAUCGUGUAUUAAUUUCCAGUCCUCCCAACGUUUGAAGACAUCACAAAGGGCCUGGGGCAGACUUUUCAAUUUGAAUGUUAAAUUUAGGUUAAAAUCUUUGUUUACGCCUUUCACCGCAUACGCGUGACUUAUUCCCUUUAAAAAUACGCCAACUAUAGGUUCAUUGGGCUAUUUUAGAAAUUUGAAUUUUUUUAUUACGUAUUUGGAUUUUUUAUGAACUUGUCGAUUGGAAAAAAAUGGCCAUGAUGCAAAGCAGAUGGCAGAAAUGGAUGGGAAAUAUGAUGCGUCAGUGGCAAGUUAUAAAUUUCCAAAGAUUUUCAUGGUGUAGUGAAAGCAGAUAUUUUUACACAAUGAUACGUUGAGAGUUGGCUCCAAGAAACUGUUAUUUAAAAGGUUUUAAAUUCCGCCUCUUCGGCAAUAUUUAGCAAUUCAGGUCGUGGAAGGAAAGUUCGCGGAUCAGACUAAAAUCUUAGAUGACAAAACUCACCAGCAGUGCGAAAUACUGUUUAUUGACUAUGAAAUUACACGCACGCUAUUGGGAUGAUUUGAUGUCAACAAUGACUUUACCCGACAUUUCACUAGGAGAUAUAGUCGGCCUCUAGUUAAAAGUUUAUCGCGAGAAUCUAAAGAUUUUAAAUUUCUCACGUGAGAAAUAUUUGUAUGAUAAAAUGGACCUAAAAAAUUUAUAACAGAUUCCAUUUUAAAAUAACAUUCGAGAGAAUUGCCGGCAAAGUGCUGUAUAAAACGUUUUUAUACUGAAUAAGUUAGGAUAUUUAUCAAAUGUUAAGUCGUCGAUCGAAACUGUUUUACACAGUUUGAAUAUAAAACUUAGUUAUUUACCACAAUUACUUGGAAGGAAUAAAAAUAGAAAUUAAUAGAACAAGACAUUGUCUGUCAUUACUCGAACAAUGUCAUUAAACUCUGUUAUAAAGUUCACCGCUAAAAUAGCCCUUGGGCAGGUAUAUGUUUUAUCAGUAGCUUGGAAAUUAAUUUUAAUACGCAGGACCCCAAGUGAGAGAUUAUUCAAUAAGAAACAACAAGGAACAAAGACCCUUAUAUCUGAUUGGUCAACAAGUGCAAAUAAAAUAUUCCAACGUUUACAUGGAUUGCGAAAGGUAAAUUAUGUAAACUUAACGACGACUUGCACAAUGGGUUCUCCUUGUUGAAACAUUUCGGCGAAUCUUCGAUUUCUUCCGCUUGCGACCUAGUCACAGAUUUCAAAUCAAUUUGAAUCUUCUAGAAGAACCCAUUAACCAGGAUCAUUUACUGAUCUCCGUUUACACGUGGAGGAAGACUGGAUCCCGGAACGUCUAUUGAGAUUUUAUCAUUCGUGCUGGCCUUCGGAUUAUUCUCUGUAGCUAUGAUUUUAGCAAUGGCUUUUCACCUCCUGUGCUUUGAAGAAAGAAAGCCGACUGUGAAGGCUGUUUUAAAAAGACACAGCAGACUUAAAAACAUUGCCGACUACACCUUAGUGUGACAUUCAAGGUAUUGAUGUUUACCCUUGUAGUCAGAUUUUAAAGCAGAUGGGUAUUCAUACGCAGCGCAAGAAUUGAUGUUAGUGAAAAGAACUACAGGUCCUCCUUUGUAAAAGAAAUGUUUAACUUAUAACUUAGUUAAGGGUGAAGAGAAAAUGAAUAAGAUAUUUUGUAUUAGAAGAGAAUUUCCAUCUUGAGAACUAACUAGAAUACGUUAAAUAUAAUUGUGCUUAGAAGUGGAACCCUUUCAUUCCCAGGAGGAGCAAUAUCUAAUUAAUUUAUACAUACAGUUCAUUCAAUACUUUAUCACGCGUCGAAAUAACCAUCGUUAACAGCGAUUCGAGGUUCAAAUUUUUUUGUUUUUACAGCAUGCGAAUUCUCAAAACUGACUAGACAAGGAUAAGUGUGAGAAACUGUACAGCAAAGAGAACUCGUAUAUUGAGACCAUGACAGUGAAAGGGUUAGGCAAAGAAAGCUUCCCGUAGAGAGCAGAAAUGCCGAUCUCCAUGUAAUUAUUUUGAAUUUAUAAAUAUUCAAACAUACUAUUUCAAAUAAAGCGUUUCACAUCUGA